AUGGUGCUAAGCAAACUUAAAAAUCAAGCCAUACUAAAAUGGCGAAGAGGAUAUUACAUAGCAUUUAACGACAGUUUGAAAACCAUUUUAGCAUUACUAGAAAUGGGCGAUAUUUUAUCACAAUCUCUCCGAGACGAUACCACGAGGAUGAUGACAACGACAGAUAUUAAAACGGAUUACUCUACCGGGACGUUCUGCGAUUCACAUGGUUUAUUCAAACAAAAAAGUGUACUGAAAAUAAUUUUGUAUUAUGAUGAUAUCGGACUAACCAAUGCAUUACGCUCGAAACGAAAAAGUGUUGGUAUGUUUUACUACACACUUCAAAAUAUACCACGUUAUUUAAGAUUACAGGAUAAAUGUGUCCAACUACUCGCAUGUGCUGAGACCAAAUUUAUUAAACGGUGUGGUGUUAGUAAAUUACUGAACAAUUUCAUGGAAUCUGUUAAUCAACUACAAACGAACGGAGUCGAAGUCGAACUAGAAGACGGAAAAACAACAUUUUAUGGUUCCCUGUUAGCCAUAGUACCUGAUUUGCUAGGCCUUGCUAGUUUACAUGGCUUUAAAUGUGGUUUUUGUCACGCCAACAAGCCGUAUUUUCUAUGCUAUUGUACAAAAAAACAGUCAAAUACGCUGUCAAGUACGGAAGAAUGUAAACAUCGAGAAAUGAAACAUUAUUUAGCACAAUUUUCAAAAUUAAAGGAUGGCGGAUUGACAAAAUAUUGGUUAAUGUUUCAAAUGCCAGUUCACAAUAUCUGA